UUGCUCAUCUUUAUGGUGUCAUCACUGACGCAAGUGAUGCUCGACUAUCUUGUCUGAUUGCAAGGCUAAAGGACAGUGGAUGUGCUUUCUAUCGUCAGUGUUUAAUAAUAUCGUCUGAAGAAAAAAAAACUAAGUUCCUAUAGUCACGCUGUGUUUGUCUUCCCAAGGCACCAAUUGGGCUCCGUAAGAGCUGUUCAUACUUUAACCAGAAGAGGGCAGCAAUGCAUCAAAUGUCCACCGUCUUCCGGAAGUCAAGAAGAAGAAGACACAGCACGUCAACAAACGCCCUUGCGUCGUCUACGUCGGUUUUGUUGACAACCAUCUCACAAGGAAACGUUUGAGAAAUCGUGUGAACGCAAUCUUACACGGACGUCUCUCUGCCCGAAGUAUCUUGCAUCGACUCAAGGGAGAUCGUAACCGGUGAGCACGAUGGGGCGCAUCUUCUUGGACCACAUUGGAGGCAUUCGUCUGUUCUCCUGCGCCAACUGUGACACUAUUCUGACCAACAGAGCAGAACUAAUCUCCACUCGCUUCACUGGCGCUACUGGCCGGGCCUUUUUGUUCAACAAGGUUGUAAAUCUGCAGCACAGCGAGGUUCAAGACAGGGUCAUGCUGACUGGACGACACAUGGUGCGCGAUGUCUGCUGCAAAAACUGCAACAGCAAGCUGGGCUGGAUGUAUGAAUUUGCCACGGAGGAAAGCCAACGCUACAAGGAGGGUCGAGUCAUCCUGGAGAGGGCCUUGGUGAGGGAGAGCGAGGGCUUUGAGCAUGUGCCCGCAGACAAUUCGUGAGCGCACAGACGUUUACUGUACAGCAAAGUAAGCUUUGCCUUUGACAGCAGCAUGCCGGCUGAGUCCCAAACAAUGGCAACAUAAAAUCACGGCUCGAAGGGGAGAUUCAAACCCAAGGAGGUGAACAUGAAAACAUAGUCGCUUCCAUUUCUCUUCGGGGGGGGUUUGAAUUUCAUCGUAAGGGUGGAUCCGAAAGCAACAAACAGUGAUGUUUGCUGAUGUAUUCGCGCAUCAUACGCUUGGGCCACUUUAGACUGUUCAGUCUUAUUACGUGAGAUGAAGAAUGCAGAUUUUUUUUGUGCAAGAUAUUUAUUUCAUACUUCAAAUGACCAGUAUGUUGAUGCUCUCAAUGUUAAUUUGCACAACAUGAUGCUGUAAACGGUUGAUUACCGGAUAGAAUCAAUUUUGAUCUUUUUGCACAUGACAUGCAGUUGAGUGGAUAUCAGAUAUAUAAAUGCCAUUUUGAAUCAUGCUACCUUUCAAGUUGGAUUCAAUUUUGUUGAAUGGUAGCUUAGUAUUUAGAAGAAUAAAUAAUAAAGACAUACUUCUGGA